CCUUCACACUAACUCAACGCUCACAUUCAUCUUCAACAACCACACAGCACAUCUCCUCUCUCUCUCUCCCUCUCCCUCUCGAGCAAAUUACAGUACUCUAAGAUCAGAUAUGGCCUUAGAAGCUCUCAAUUCUCCAACAACAGCAGGACCUACCUUCCCCUUCGAAGACCCCAAACUGGGAGAGGCAUGGGUGAAGCGCAAGCGCUCCAAGCGUCCACGCCUCGACCAUGCUCCCACCGAGGAAGAGUAUCUGGCUCUCUGUCUUAUUAUGCUCGCUCGUGGCACCACUGCCUCGCAGCAGCGUCACUCUUCCCCCGCUCCGCCGCUGCCACCAACUGUGACUCUGGAUCAGAAGCUUAGUUACAAGUGUAGUGUUUGUAACAAGGUCUUCUCGUCCUACCAAGCGCUCGGUGGACACAAGGCCAGCCACCGGAAGGGAAGCGAUGAGCAAUCCAAUUCCACCACCACCAGCUCCGCCACCGCGGCGUCUAACGGUAGCGGUAGGGUUCACGAGUGUUCUAUUUGCCACAAAAGCUUCCCCACCGGCCAGGCCUUGGGAGGCCACAAGCGGUGUCACUAUGAAGGCGGCGACAAAGGCGGCCUAAGGGUUUCUGAAGGUGUCAGUUCCACUGACACUAAAUCCAAUAUCACCAACAGCAGCAGCCACCGCGAGUUCGACCUGAAUCUCCCCGCCUUGCCGGAUUUUUCAUCAGGAUUCUUCAUCUCUCGUCAUGACGACGAGGUCGAGAGCCCACACCCCUCGAAGAAGCCCCGUGUUUUGACGCAGCCCAAGAUCGAAGUCUAAAUCUAGAAGAUUCUAGUAGAGAUCGAUUAGAUUCAAGAACCAAUUAUUUCUUUCUUCGUCGUUUCAAUUCCUUUUGUUAGAACGAUUAUUUUUUUUUCCUCCGCUGUACAUAGCAGCAGCAUCUCAGUUUGUACUAGCCAGUGAUUAUUCAAUUAAUUUAUUCUUUUAUUAGAAACAAAUUUUAUU